AUUUUGCGUUUUCGCUGCUCUUGCCUUAUUUCGUUUUACAGGUUUGCUCUUUCCUGAAUAGCGUUGCUUUUAAGCUCGAAUACGUAGCACAGUGCCUCAGUUGUAGCGAUGAAGCCGAGCGCGCUGUAGUCUUGCAGACAAAAUGAAUAGCGAGACAGUGGUUAAUAGCUUCUUGCCCCAAAAUUUGGCAGUGCCACGAGACGAAGACUUAGGCUCGCUUUCCUCACUAUCGGACAACCUAACGAUUUGGGUUAACGGUGAGGAGCACUGGAUAUCCGGCGUGGAUGCAAGCACCACCUGUGCAGAUCUAAUCUGCGCGUUAAUCAGCUAUCAAUACGUUCAGCAUGAUAAGUUCCGCAAAGACGAAGAAUUCGCAGAUCCUACCAAAUACCCCGCCCAGGUGGCGCAGGAGUUUGCUAUUGUUCAGAAGCAGCGGCACUAUGAGGAGUAUUUGGACGGAUGUGCCAGACUCUUUGAUGUUAUCACCACUCAUAACACAAUGCCGAAAGAUGAAUGUCAACUUCAGCUUCGCCAUUUGGCAACUUCAGCCCUUAAGCACACCCAAACAACGGAUAAGGACAGUGGUAUGGGCAGUCCAGUGGACAGCUCGAGGAGCAUGCGCUUUCGACGGAUGGGCAAGCACAAGCACAAGGUGGUGCCCUCCACUAAGAUCUCGGACUUCACAAAUACUAAGCAGGCAAAGAGGAGCCGGAAAGUAGAGCAUAGGAGCAUCACGACUCCGAAUGAGAGUUUGCUAACUAUUAUAUUGGCACAGGAUGAGACCAUUCUUAAACAGAUGUCCAUGUUACACGAAAAAGAUCGGCAGAUUUUACAAAUCGAGGAGGAAAGGCACCGAGGGCGGGUACGAGAACUUGGUAAAAACUAUCUGCUCGAAACAUAUCUGAAGGAUUUGGAUGAACCACAGGAAAGCGAAACUAGCCUAGAAGUCUUUGAAGACGGUGUACACAGGUUACAUGAGGAAGAUAGGGACUUCCGAACGUUCAUCGAUGGUGACACCGUCAAAAAUGAGAUGAGAUUAUAUUGGCUGGAGAAGAUUCACGUGGUGAACAAGCAACUGCAGCGAGAGGAAGAGCUACUACUGAGCUUGCACGCUAAGGUGCGUAGACACCAGGUAAAGCGGGCGUACCAGACGAAGAGCGAGGUGCUACUUCAAAUCGAUAAACUCGAUACAGAGCUAGCGGCUCAGGUUGCUGAUAUCCACAGGGUGGAACGGAAACUUUUCACGGCCAAUGAACAGCUUAAAGCUAAACUGGCUGUGCUUGAAUGUUUGGGUCGCGAAUUCGAAACAACGAUAUCCGGAGCAACUACUGCCGAUGUUCAAAGCAAAGAAUCUGGAGAGGGACAACAAUGCCACCGAUCCCCGCACAGACCUAACGAUCUCGCUACCUCUGGAAAAUGUCCGCAAAUUGUAGAGGUAGGAAGUGUUAGAGGGCAGCCGAACCGAGAACAAACUGACAGCAACCUAAGGGAGCGACAAAUAAACGACAAGGCGUUAUCAGAAGAAAUGUUUAAGGUGAUCAGAUCAUCAGAUCCUUCUACCUCAGCAAGCGUCUUUCAGAUAGAGACUGGUCCCAGAGGGCCAUUUGCGCAACCUUCGAAUACAGAUAUUCAACAUCUGGGAACCCUUGUUUAAAUUGAGCGAUGAUCCUGCGGUGCUUUUCAUUGCAGUAUCUCGGUUAAUGUAUUUUGAACAUCUGUACCAAAUUUGUGUGAACCAACCAAAUAGAGAUUCAUUCUGUGUUUAUGUUUA